UCAAUCACUUUUUUUAGUCCAUUCCUUUGUAGGUUUUCUCCCUUACACACAUAUCCCUAGCUGUUUUUGCUGUUUCAAGUUUUAAUCCUUUUCUUUUUCUCCCAGCUGCUGCAUAACUUCACUUUUCCAGUCCUUCACUGUUUGUCAAACUUGUUUUUGAAAAUCAUCUGUGCAUGAACAUGACUUUGUAACAAUUGUAUAACAGCAUUUGUCAGAAGAGGAAAUGAAGCAUGGUUAACAAGUGUGUUAUAUAUAUGCACCAGCACCAUUCAACAUGAAUAGACCAGGCUGUUCCUCAACCACUAUUCCCUCUUCUUCUUCAUCUUCUCUUGGUUCUUCAAUGGGGAUGGUUUACCCAGACAUGGGUUCCCUUUCUCUCGGUCAAAACUACGGUAUUCUAGGCUCAAGUGUUUCUUCCACGCAGGACAGUUAUGGUUGUAAGGUCCCAGAGAUGGAAAAUGAAAGAGCUUCUUGGGGUUUUCAUUUCAUGGGGAACUGCAAAACAAGGAGCUUUGAGGAAAACCAUAGCUCUGAUGUUGUGGAAGGUCAAAGCUCUGAUUGCAGUGAUGGGUUUGGAGAUGAUAGUAGGACCAUUAAUCUCAAUGCCAUCUUAAAUGAAGAGAACCCCAAUGAUAAUACCGUAAGUGGCAAGGAAACAGAUAGUGGUCAGUCAAAGCUUUGCGCCAGAGGCCACUGGAGGCCUGCAGAAGAUACUAAGCUCAAGGAACUUGUAGCUCUUUAUGGCCCUCAAAACUGGAACCUUAUAGCAGAGAAGUUGGAAGGAAGAUCAGGUAAGAGCUGCAGGCUAAGAUGGUUUAAUCAAUUGGACCCUAGGAUCAAUAGAAGAGCAUUUACUGAAGAAGAAGAAGAGAGGCUAAUGCAAGCUCAUAGACUUUAUGGUAACAAGUGGGCAAUGAUAGCUAGGCUGUUCCCUGGAAGGACUGAUAAUGCUGUCAAGAACCAUUGGCAUGUGAUUAUGGCAAGGAAGUAUAGAGAACAAUCGACUGCCUAUAGGAGGAGGAAACUGAGCCAAUCCGUUUAUAGAAAAAUGGAAGAAACUCCAACUUUUGUCUGCAGAGAUGCAGCCACAAAAGCUGAACCACCCCCAUACUGUCUCAACAUCCCCAAUAGAAGACUUGGCACUAUCUCCCAUUACCAGUUUGGAACCUUCAAUGGUGCUAAUGCUGGGGUUAACGGUGGUUCUAAUGUUUCACCCGACUCAAGCAGCGAGGUCCCUCGCAAAGGGUUCAUUGCACAACAGCCACCUUUUGAUUUCAUCCCUGGUGUUAAGAGCAAUGACAUGAUGAGUAUUAUCAGGCAGACCAGAUAUUGGGAUAGGCCCAUUGAUGAACCCCAAAUCUCUGGUUUCUAUCCCCACCAGCAUCACCAUCCAUCAUACAUAAUGGCAAUGCAACAGUCAGAGUUCCUCAGCUCCCAAGGUCUCACAGAUUCCACAGCACCAACAGCUCAAAUAUCAGGCAGUGAACCUUCAUCAUCAGUGCCAGGUACCAAAGCAGCAACCAGCAGCCACUAUGAGACCGUUCCACCCCCAUUCAUUGACUUUCUUGGAGUAGGAGCCAUAUGAAGUUUUAGAAAAAAAAAAAGGCCCUGAAAAAGGUUUCCACCUUAAUGUGGAAGUGCUCCAAGAUAACUGAGAGGGCCAUUUAGAGGUAAAGAGAAAGGUGACAGUCCAUAGAUCUCUGCAUCAGUCUGUUCCAUGUCCCCUUUCUCUCCCGAGUCCCCACCCUUUCCAUAAGUUGAAACAAAAUAAUAAAAUUAUAAUUAUAUGCA